UGUGGGGAUCACGUGACAGACGCUCUCCCCAGAGAGCACUUCCGGUAACGUUUUCUGUGUUUGUAAACUGAAAAGAUUGUCCGACAAGAAAACAUUGGGCUACUGUAAACGAAGAGGAGUAAGGCUUGGGCCCCUGAUGGUUGGGGCUUGUGUGGUCUCUAAACACUCUCCCUGCCCCGAGCGAAGUUCUCUGUAAUCCAACACACACACACACACACUCUCAUCACUGCGAUGUCACACCUUUCCAACAGCUCAGUGCGAGAUCACAUGAAAUGGGCUGGGUUGCUUGGCUGUGAAGCGGUGCUGUCCAGCAUGGCACUCAUGCAGGCCGGCUCCAUGCCCAGCCAUAAGAAGAUGGGCUCUCAUCUGGGCCAGGGACAGAGAGAAAACAGUCACAGCAACAAUCACAACCAGGACACCCACAGCCAACACGGCCACAUGGUGCUUCCCUCAGGAGUCAGCUGCCCACCACUGCUCAUCCGUAAGGACGGAGAGUUUCACUCUUCCAGGCUCUUGGAUGAAAAAGACAUGCAAGCCAGCCAGAACGUGCAGCCAAAGAAGAAGAACAGGAAGUCUGGACUUCCCACCAAAAUGAGAGAAAAACCCCAGGUGGAGAUUCCUGACGUUAAUGACGAUAACUCACUCAGCUCUCAAGUGCAGAAGAACUUCAUAUGUGAGCACUGCUACAGUGCCUUCCGCAGUAGUUACCACCUCAAACGGCACAUUCUCACCCAUACAGGGGAAAAGCCAUUUGCGUGUGAUAUGUGUGACAUGAGGUUUAUUCAGCGCUAUCAUCUGGAAAGACAUAAGCGUGUUCACAGCGGUGAGAAGCCUUAUCAGUGUGACCGCUGCCAACAGAACUUUUCCAGAACUGACCGGUUACUACGACAUCGGCGUUUGUGUGCCGUGGGCAUCCCUAAAGAGGAGAACCAGCCGUGCUGUGAGGGACGGUCUUAUUCUCAGGACCCCUCCCAGCACUCGGCGUCCUGGAGCCCACUGCAGACAAACAACAGCAGGCUGGCGGCGUGACAGCCGUCCGAUCGUGUUCAAACCACUUCCCAGCAAACACAAUGGACUCGCCAACAUGACCUGACCGGGGGUCUGAGCCUGUAAAAACUGUUUAAAGAUGUCCAACACGUCCAGCUCUGAUUCAGUCGGCUCAACCCCAGUGGACUGUUUUAUACUGCUUAGACUCUGGGAAAUAGCGUAUUUUGUAUUUUAGACGGUACUGUGAUCAGCAGGUGGGUUAGUUGUGCAUUCAUCCCAGUCAGUAAUGACUUCUGCUAGUUUAGAAAUGCUUGCUUUUGUAGUUCCCUUGCAGGUCUGUAGAUUGUUGGGAUUCUCAGUGUUACUGUUGCUCUGCGAAAUGUUGCAAAAAAAAUCCAGUCAUUUCAAUAGGGAUCUGCACAAUCGGGAGUUUCACAUGAAGCUGAAAAAGUUUCACAAGGAGAUUUAGCUUCUUUUUAAGUUGGUUCCACAAAUUCACAGCUUAGAUCAAGAGAAAGCUGCUUGGUUUUAAAGUGACGUGUGCUACAUGCAUCACUACACUAUUGACAAAAGCCAAUGGGCCUUUUCCGCCAAAAUGUAACUGAAUUUACAGAAUUACAAACAAGUUGGUGAGCAAGUGAUGGGAUGCUUAAUCUCCUCAAAUCUUAUAUGAUGAAGAAAGAAACACAUCCACAUCUUCGAUGACCUGAAGGUGAACAAAUUAUUAGCAAAUUUCCAUUUUGGGGUCAAUUAUUCAUUUAAAUACUGUGAUAACAGCUCAUGGCCAUCGACAGCUUUACACAGGCCUUUACAGUUUUAGCAGAAACAUCUGGAAUAACAUGCAUUCUACAUUGACAGAAGAGCUCUUUUUCAUCUAUAUUAUGGUGUCAAACUUUUGAAGUUGGUCUUUCGGUCAACUUGAACACUGACUUUUCAUCGAGUAUUUGCGUAUGAAUGACACAUUUUGUCAAGUGGUAUGUCACAAGCAUCUCAGUUCCUUGUUUCAGAAUAACAAGGAAAACCUUUUAACAGGUUGUACAGUUCAUAGAGAGACAGAUGUUUAUAUAAAACCACUAGUUUUUCACAGAGGUCUCGUUACAUUUCUUAUCGCGUAGACCUCGGUCCUUGAACACAGAUUCUGACAUAGUCAAGUUUGAGUUGAUAUAUUUUUACAGCAUUUUAGAUCAUUUAAAUAGAAACCGUAGUAGGAUUAGACUGCUGCCACUGUCUUGAUGGAGCAGAUUCACUGUAUUUUUAUUUUUACAUGUACGCCUGCAUGUUCCUUUCGUUAGGCAUAUACAGAAAAAGGACUUGUAUUGUGAUUGUUUAAAAUAAUGAAAAUCAUUUUUGAUCCA